CUUCAGGUUGGUGCAAGCCGGCUUCAACUGAAACGACUCUGGUCAAUUUGGACUUGUUGCGCCGACCAGUCUCACCAGUCUCGCCUGUCCUGGAGGGAUAUCAAGUCCCGAGUCGCGGGUCGUGCUUUUCAACUCUUUCAACGCGCAUUCUCAUUUCCUGUCUGCUGCACUGGCGCAUCGCUUCCGUUCAGUUCAGUUCAGUUGCACUCUCGGACGUCCACUUUGUUGGUUUUGUGUCGUACAGAACGAGGCGCUCGACUGCAGGACGGUUCUUUCUUCGCCAGCGCUCACAGGUCCUUUUUUAAACCCACAGUCGUUUCCACCAACAAUAACCACCAGCCAACAGCACCAACGCUUCAUCUUCGUCGUCUAUAACAGAACUCGGUAUAACUUCCAUUUCAGCUAUUUGCCAUCUGGAUCACUUUGGCCGUCGACCUACGCCAAGCGCGUCGCGUGUUCAAGGUCAUCCAGCCUUCACCUUAAUACUACCAACUCUCAAGGUUCCGCAGGCAUCCAUUCAGCAAAACAUCAUCCCGUAUCUCUUUGGUAAUUUCCCUAAAGAUGGACGCAAAGCCCCAGCGUCCUCUGUGGGCUCCUCCCGUUCGAUACGGUGACGAGAAUAUCCCACCUGCCGAUCCGACUCAUCAAAGUAAGAGGUCGGACAGCAAGAUCAAGGCAAUGAUGGCGGUUAACGGCACCUUGAACGCACCACCCAAGAGGGCUGCCUGCUUCGACAAGAGCAACACCUCGAAGCCACUAGCCGACGGCGGGAACAAGGACAUGCUGAAGAACAGGGUGAAACCGAUGGUCACAACCAGCAGCACUCGAGACCUACGGUCGGAUGGCAGGGAGAAUAACCGCUCGGCAGCGGAGGAGCAUUAUAUGCGGCCAACGGCGACCUCGAAGGCAGCAUCACACGGCCACCAAAAGUAUUCUUCGACGGCUCCCCUAUCAUCCCAUGCCGCCAGCGGGGCAUACGGUGGCAUUCGCUCACACAAUGCCAUCGCCAAACUCUCCGCACCGGUCAAGAAAACGACCAACGUAUACCGCGACAACAAAGUCAAGGAGGAGAGCACAUCUCAUGCGCCCACUUCCUCGUCAGUUGAUGAUCUUGUUGCGAUGGUCGACAAGCAUAUUAAGGAUCCACGCCACUACAAAAGUCAACCGCAACUCAAGUCGGACCAGCAGCAUACCCUACACCGGAAUCAGAGCAAAUACGUGCCCAAUUACGAGAACCUGAAUGACGUGGAUGAUCCCGACGAUUCAAAUGCCGAUUACGCCGAGUCUUACGAGGACGCGGUCGAGCAAUUAUCCAGAGAUCUCGAUAUUCCUGCGAACACUGAUCCUGCAGCUAUCGUCCACGCAAAUCACAUGUCAAUCGCCCAAGCCAGUUAUGACUCGAUGCCUCAAGGCGCACCACUCGCACCCUCGAAACCAGUCAGGGCCCUUCCACUGCCCCCCAACGUCUCUGAUCCCGAAGAGUAUUCUGAAGAUGACGACGAUCAGGACCUCUACGACGACCAAGGAUAUACCACCGCCCAUUCUUAUCGAUCUCAUUGCGACAAUACCACAGGAGGACCUCCCACAUUAGUCGCGCCCAAAUUUACCGCGGACAUCCAGAAGGAACUUGACAUUGCGAAGGCAUGGGUUUUGGAGCAUCAAACGGAGGAAGAGGUUGAGGAAGAGAAUUGGGAUGUGAGCAUGGUAGCUGAGUACGGCGACGAGAUCUUUGAGUACUUGCGCGAGCUUGAGGAACGGAUGCUUCCGAAUCCUCACUACAUGGACAUCCAAACCGAGAUCCGGUGGUCCAUGCGAUCCGUCCUCAUGGACUGGCUGGUCCAGGUUCACCAUCGCUUCAGUCUUCUCCCGGAGACCCUCUUUCUCACCGUGAACUACAUCGACCGCUUUCUUUCAGUUAAGGUUGUUUCGCUGGGCAAGCUUCAACUGGUUGGCGCGACUGCCAUUUUCGUCGCAGCCAAGUACGAGGAGAUCAACUGCCCUUCCAUUCAGGAACUUGUGUACAUGGUGGAUCAGGGAUACUCUGUUGAGGAGAUUCUAAAGGCAGAGAAGUUCAUGCUCACCAUGCUGAACUUCGAACUUGGUUGGCCAGGCCCGAUGAGCUUCCUUCGGCGCAUUAGCAAAGCCGAUGACUACGAUUUGGAAACUCGAACUCUUGCAAAGUACUUGCUCGAAGUGACUAUCAUGGAUGAGCGUUUUGUGGGCUGCCCUGCGAGUUAUCUUGCUGCCGGUGCCCAUUGCCUCUCCCGCUUUUUCCUGCAAAGAGGGCCAUGGACACAUGCCCAUGUUCACUUUUCCGGCUAUACGCUGGCUCAAUUGAGGCCACUCAUCAUUAGCAUCCUCGACUGCUGCCAGGAACCACGCAAACAUCACGGCGCGGUAUACGACAAGUACUCUCAUCAGAGGUUCAAGUCCGCGUCUACUUUCGUGGAAGGCAAAAUUGCGAACGGUUUCGUGCUGCCGAUUCGAACGAACGCUUCUAUCAGCGACAGUGCGCAAUCAUAGACCCAACCAUGCCCUCCACCCGUUCGCCCUAGCAUGCAUCUUGGUCAAUAAGAACAUGCUGACGUUGAGGCGAAUUACCAACUGCAUUGUUAGGAAGAGACCACAACGAUAGCGGCUCUUUCCUCUUAAUAUGUCCACUAAAGGAGAUGUACAACUAGUUAUGGCGCUGCUUUCAUCGACGACGGCAGCACCUGUUUCGUACCUCCGGGCCCGCGGAUAACAUAUUCUCCUUUCGGACAUCCGAUACUACGUAUUAUAGACUCUUUUGGGACAGUCUGAUCUAAUCUUUGGUACUCCACGGGUCCGGCGGUGCCAAAUUCAUGCCAAAGUAAACGAAAAGACUACGAAAAAAGGAAACAAAGCUUUGAUGAUGAAGCGACGAAGUACGACAUAUUCUACCCGCUUACCUAUUGUGGGUUUCGAUUUCACUUGCGCUUGCAGUGUUAUUUUCACCGCAGGUUAUGGGGCAGAUUGCCCCCUUUCUUUUUCCUAUUCAUCGGCGUUUCAGGAGGUCAAGAUUCAUACGGCUCCAACUUUCAGGCGCGAUAUUGGAGGUAAUCGUCAUGCAUUGUCUCGACGGCUUCUACACCAGGUUGAGAUUCUAGGCGAAAAAGAGGAGGGAAAGAAAGAAGAAAAAAAAGAAGAAAAAAAGGGGAAAAGGGGGGGUGGCUCAUCUAAAGGGAAACUGGAACGGCGUCUGCUUCAGGGAUUCAUAUCAGAGACGAAUGGACGGAUGGGUCGACAAAUGGACAAGAUGGAAUGGCGUCGGUACAAUGGACAUGAUAUUUCAACGAGCUUCAGCCUUUAGUGCGAGUGCAUGGUCUUCCAAGUUCUACCGACAUUUUUAUGUCUAGCUUAUUUUAUUUAUC